UUUUAGCGCUAUUCGCAGUUCAGUCUGGUGUUGUUGCACACUUUUCAACAUGAGAGAGAAAUUAACGGGCAUCUGGGCUUGCAGUGAUUCUCAGCUGUGCUGGUUACUGCAAUGAAUGGUAACACUACCCAUCAGGCACCGCCUACGACCUGCGCCGUGCACACAACCACCAGUGACAUCAACACCAACAGUGCCCCCUGUGGCUGGAGGGAGUUCUGCGAGCAACACGCCAGCGCCACGGCCCGCGAGCUCGCCAAGCACUACCGCCUCUUUGCCAGCGAACACCCGGAGCAGGAUGUGGUCCCGCCGGGCCGGUUCUCGCGCCAGUUCAGCGAGGCCUUCCAGCAGCACUUCUGCAUCGAGGUCGCCAAGCAGAGCUCCGGAUCUGGAUGCCUUUCCGUCGCCGUUACCCCUCCUCCUCUCCCGUCGCACAGCCUCCACAGUGGCUCCGACUCGCCUCCCGCCCACCUCUGCCGCUCAUCGCUAUCGUCUUCAUCACCAUCGACGACGACACCCCCGUCGCCGCCCAGGCUGUCGGCCAUGACGGGUCGGCUGCGCAUCACGUCGUUCUCGGGGGCGCUGGACUACCGGGAGGCGGGUCGAGGGGGCCCUGGAGCCGGCGGCGGAGGAGGAGGGGGGCUCGGCGGAGGGCUGGGCCUGGUGGCGGUGCCUCUGCUGGGGCCCAAGGCGGCGUCGGAGCCGGCCGGAGUGGCCCUGGAGCUGGAGCAGCCCCUGGGGCGAUGCUGUGGCCCGGCCAACACUACGACUGCUGCCCUAGGCGGCGGAGGAGGGAGGUGUCCCGUAGUACGGAGGCACAGCCUGAAUCUGGGGGUGGGCCUUGGGGUCGGUGUCGGUUUUGGGUUGGUCCAGGACCCGGUGUCGGUGGCCGAGCUGCGGGCCGCCUCUGAACGGUACACUCCACCUCCUCGUCACGGCAACGGUCAUGGCAACGGCAACGGCACCGGCCAUGGCAACACGAACACCAGCACCAGCACCAGCACCAGCACCAGUAGCACUUCCAGCAGCAGCACCAGCACCACCUCCACCACAGACGCCACGCACUUUUCUAGCCAGCUGCGACGGAGCAUGCGGCGGAUCUUCAAGAAGAAAGCCCCGAUGGAGGAGUGCGCCCCACCUGCGGCGGAGGGGAUGGGGGAGGCCUCGGGCAGGACUGGGGGUGGGGGUAGUAGUGGGGGUGGUGGGACAACAACAGUAAUAACAACGGGGGUCAUGGUGGGUGGAGGGGGCUCGACGGAAUGCCUUUCAACCCCUUUACAAUCCCCAACUGCACACGGACACACCACCACCACCACCACCGCCCCCUCCUCCACCUCCACCACCUCCGCCACCACGGCCCUCUUUGGCCGGCUCGCCAACAGGUUGCGGGCGCCCAGCGUGCGCAAGCGGGCGGAGGUGCGCAGCACGUGCAAAGAGGGCCAGCUGAAGUACCUGCAGGUGGACGACACUAUCUCGGACUCGCAGCCGCGCUGGCAACGCUGCCGCCUGCUGGUGCGGAGGACCAGCGAGCGUCCCGCGCCCGACAGAUACCAGCUGGAGCUGUAUGACCCUCCCAAGGGCUCCAGUCCCAAGCUGACGGCGCGCUGCUCAGACAUAGUGGAGGUUCGACGCUGCAAUCGUCUGGAGAUGCCUGACAAUGUCAACACGUUUGUUUUAAGGGUUAAUCACUAUCCACGCAGUCUCAUCUUCGAGACGGAGAAUGACCAGCAAGUCAGCUCCUGGACUACAGAACUUAAAGAAUGUAUCAGCAACAGGUCUGACAGUGUGGAUUUGCAGCUGCUAUCGUCGUCUCUGGGAGACACCAGCACAGCAAUCAGGAGAGAGAGCUCUGAGUCUACCAGCCAGGGCUCCCCUUCCUUCUCGCCGCCGGAGCGCGUGUACCACAAGACGCAUCACUUCCUGUCCUCGUACCCCUGGUUCCACGGGCCCAUCUCGCGGGUCAAGGCGGCCCACCUGGUGCAGGGCCAGGGCCUGGAGGGCCACGGUGUCUUCCUGGUGCGGCAGAGUGAGACGCGGCGCGGGGACUACGUCCUCACAUUCAACUACCAGGGCAAGGCAAAGCAUCUGCGGCUGUCGUUGACGGAGUGGGGCCAGUGUCGCGUGCAGCACCUGCGCUUCCCCACGGUGAUGGACAUGCUCAGCCACUUCCGCCUCUACCCCAUCCCCCUGGAGUGCGGAGCAGCCUGCGACGUCACGCUCUCCAGCUAUGUAGUAGCCAGCUCCACCACCGCAGGCCAGAACUCCCCAGCCGUGCUCGUGCCUUUCUCCCUGCACCGCUGGAGCUCGGAGCCCAGCCUGGCGCUCUGCACCCCCCCUGGACGCUCCUGCCUCUCCCCCUCCGUCAACCCCUUCUCCCCUGGCCCCUCCCUGGGCCUGUCCCCCUCUGGCUCCCCCCCUACCCACCACAGCUACAGCCCCCAGCAUCAGCACCACCAGCAGCAGCAGCAGCAUCACCACCACCACCACCACCACCAGUCCCAGUCUCCACCGCCGGUGCCUCCACAGAGAGCCCCCGCCCUGCCGGACCGGGACCGGCCCGCGCCGCCCCCCUUACGCCGGAGCGAGUCGGUAGGGCGGCGGCCCAUGCUGCAGAGGCACCCCAACCCGCUGCCCCCCCUCCUGGGACAGAGGGACUCGGACUACGAACUGGAGCCCCCCAGCAGGGGACACAAGAGGGCUAUCGACAAUCAGUACAUGUUUCUCUGACAAGAGGGCCAGACGGAUAGACAGCGUAGCACAGAGCAUAUAGCACAGCCACAGAGAGGGCAUCAUGCGCAAACAAGCAUGUACGUUAAGUACAUUGCAUCUCCUUUAGGGGGAGAGCGGAGGAGAGUCGAGGGCAGUGACAGUGUCAGGAUGUGGUGGCGAGACGGCAAGAGUCAGACGUUCGACCCCAUGCCCUUAAACAGGAUGUUUCUGGUGAGGCAUCGACACGUAUAGCACUUGCAGUGCGCUCCCAGACAAGAGAAGGGGUAGGGGGACGGGUGUAAGAAGAGGAAACCUGGCUGACAGCACAAGAGAGAAGUGCUCUUCCUCACUGCCAGGGGGCAGCACUGAGCUGUGGCAGCCUAGACGAUGAGACUCCAGCAGCCACACAACACAGACAGCGACACGGCUACCUACGCUGUGGCUCAGUGGUAGACAGACACACACACCAUGGGUGUGCACAGUUGCAUGUGAGUGUGUGCGUGUGUGUGUGUGUAUGUGUGAAGGUAUGUUGCUGUGUGUACAUACAUGUGUGUGUGUAUGUGUACAGCAAUGUAUGUCGUGUUUGAGACAGCGAUUGCCAAACUCAACUCGUGAUUUUUUAACCUCCGUCUCUCGUUGACUCUGGCAUCUCCACCAUGAAUGUAUUUUUUCUUAAAAAACAAAAAACUAGUGCAGUCGAUUUUGCUACAGCUGUUACUUGACUGCAAACAAAACCUGCGAGAGAUGUGCUUCGCACUCUUGAGGAUGUAGAACAGGGGUGGGCAACCUUUGUCAGUGGAGGGGCCACUUCAAAUUUUACAAAGUCCUAUGAACACAAUGCAGAAUUUACCCCCGCACUUAAGGCCUAUAUAGAAGGCGGCCACCUUUACAACAGACGCCCCCUUCACUAGGUCUCCUGAAAAUAUAACUUUGUAUUGCAAAUGUAUUCUCUAACAUUUCUUUACAAAAUGUGUCAUAUUUCACAUGAAAUCGCAUAAAAUUAAAAUGAUGACGGGGGCCGGAUAAGCGGAUAAACGGCUCUCGAGAGGCAUAGGUUACCCACCCCUGAUGUAGAAAAAAAGAAAAGAAAAAAAAAAAGAAUGAGGCCAAAGAGGACAAACCCCAUACAGUAGUCCUCAUCAGCAUUCCAAAUACUCUCUCUCUCUCACACACACACACACACACACACACACACACACACACACACACACACACACACACACACACACACACACACACACACACAUACACACACACGCAAAGCAAAAAACCACAAGGGCAUGAUGUACUUUUUUUUAGGUGUAACUGAAGGUUUGCUUGCCAAAGCAACGUCACUGCAGUUGGUCUGUUUGUAUUGUUCUGUACUCUUAGCCUAUUACUAUUGCCAAUUUGUUUUUGUUUUUUUGACUGAAGAUAAAUCAGACAGGACAGCUCAGAGCAAUAAGUAUUACAAACCAUGACAGCAUAUCAGUAUGCUGCCGUGCAAAACAAGAACGCAGUAACUCAAAAUGGUCGAAAAAAAAAAAUAUU